AUGGACGGCAUAUCGGAGAGAAACUGGAGGGGACAUGUUUUGACCUUCAUAAUCAAGGGCAUCACAGACUACCAGGAGAAAAAGAAGAAGAGGAUUCAGCAAGAAAACACCCCAACAAAAAGGGACACCGAUGAGAGAAAGGCCAUUAAUAAAUUCACUGGAUACGUAUUUUCAAGAUUGAUAACAUAUGCCGGCGGGGAACCUCUGCAGAAAGGGGAGAGGGAGAAGGAAAUUAAAUCACCAUAUGUUAAAAUAUCAGGCCAAAAAAUAAGCUAUGACUGCGCUGUGUACGUUAUGAAGUGGAUGGAGUUAAUUGAGCCGGAAAACAUCAAAAAGGGGAAGUAUCAAUGGAAUAAUUGGCCACAGGUAACUGUCUUUAGAACCAUAUAACUCUGUAUUACUUUACUGAAUUAAUAUUGCUGUUUAAACAGA